CUUAUACUGAAAUACACCUAAUCUCUAACCACUCAUAUUCAACCCUUUAUACUCCGUACACACUCUAGACCUAUACAGGCCCCCCAAAAAAGAAAAAGCCACGCAAAAUGCCAAAACCAACCAUCCUCCUCGUCCACGGCGCCUGGCACACCCCCACCCAUUACAUUCCCUACACCACCGCCCUAAAAAGCGCAGGCUAUGAAGUGUAUACACCCCACCUACCCACCUGCACGGGGAUCUCGCCCCCCCAAGCCACCUUCGCCGACGACGUGGCCUGCAUCCGCACUCUGCUCACCCGUCUCGUCCAUGAAGGCAAACGGAUCCUCCUAAUCAUGCACUCCUACGGCGGGUGCGUGGGUACAGAUGCUGUCCAGGAUCUUGUAUAUCCUUACCCUCGUCCUACUACUACCUCUUCAACCUCUACUGAAAAUGGAGCUAAAAAGGGGGGCGUGAUCCACCUGCUCUAUCUAUGCGCGUAUAUGCUUUUACCAGGGGAGUCGAUCCAGAGGGUGAUGGAGAAGACGGGGGUGGAUGGGAUGUGGGGGGAGUUUAUGGAGGAUGGGUCGGAUGGGAUGACUGUUGCGCGGGAUCCGGGGAAGUGGUUUUUUGGGGGGUUGGAGGAGGGGAUGAUUAGGGAGUUGGUGGGGCGUUUGGUGAGGUUUCCGGUGGGGGUUAUUCGGGCGAGGACGGAGGGGGAUGCGUGGAGGAGGGUGCCGGUUACUUAUGUGGUGACGGAGAGGGAUUAUGCCGUGCCGCGGAUGUUUCAGAACUUGAUGCUGAAGGAGGUGAAGAGGGAGGGGGUGGAGGUUCAGACGCAAGUUUUUGAUACGUCGCAUAGCGUGUUUUUGACGAAGCUGGAGGAGAUGGUGGAUGUUGCUGUCAGGGCUGCGGAGGAUCAGAGGAAUGUGAGAUGAGAGAGAAG